AUGAUCCUUGAUAAACCUGUAAAUAUAACAAAACAUUAUAAAACUAAUGGCUCAUGUGUAGGUCAAGGUCUUAUACGUAAACAACGUAUUGAACGUUGGGUAAAUAAAGAAAAUACAUUUUUUCAAGUUGAUCGUGUACUUAAUACGAAAUUAUUUCAAUUAGGUGAACAACGAGAAAAAUUAAUUAAACAACAUAAUUAUCAUCAAAAAAUAUUUGCUAAUAAACAAGCAUUACGUCAUAAAGAUAAUGAAUCUAUACUUAAUACAUUAAAUUAUGUUCGAAAAUGUUGUAAACAUUUUGAUGAAGAUAAUUCAACACAAUCUCUUGAAGAGAAUAGUACAAUGAAAAUAAAUCGUUCUCGAUCAUCAAUAACAAAUGUACCAAAAUCAAAACGAAAUUCAUCAUUAAAUACUAAUAGACAAUCGAAUAGUUCACUUACAGAUAUGUUUGUUCAACAUAAUAAAAAACAUAUUCAAUCAUUAAGAAAAAUGUCUUCAUCAACAGUACCAAUCAAAGAUGAGGAUAAUCAAUCACGUCAUGUUCAAUUUCAGACGAAUAUUGAACGAAAUAUUCAAUCUGCUUAUGUAUCAAGAAAAGUUGAUUCAUUAAAUACUAAACAAUAUAAUCGAAAUGUUACAUCAGCUCAUAAUGAUUUACAAAUUCCUACAAUGAAUUCUCUUUCUCUAAUAACAACAAUUGAUAAUAAAGAAGAAAAACCAAUUAAACCUAAAAUAUAUUCAUCAAAAAAUUUACUUCAAGAAUUUCGUCAACAUCCUGAACGAUAUCUAAGUAAAACAAAUCGUUAUUUACCAUUACUUCGUCGUCAAGCUAUGAAAAAUCGUUCACAAGAAUCUUCUACAAAAAUACCUGUACAACAUUUAUCAACUGUAUGUCCACUUAAUGAUGGAUCUGAUAUAGCAUAUGAUGAUGCGAAAUCAUUUCUUAGUGAAGAAAUCGAAAUAAAAAAAACUACUGUCAGUUCACAUAAUGCUAAUCGUCAAAUCAAAACAAAAUUUCAUGUACCAACAAAAAUCGAUUUAAUGGAAACAGAUAUUAUUGAAACAUCAGAAUAUCGGAUAGCAUUAUCACGUGCACGUGAUCGUGAAUAUAAUCAUUUAAAUAAUUUAAUUCAUACGACUAAAUCUAUUGAACAUAUCCUUGAACCAUUGUCAACAAUGAAAACUAAACAAGAAAAAAAAUCAACUUGUUUUAAUGACGUUUUAUAUUCAAUUGACUCUUUACAUUGUUCAACAACAUUUAAGAAUGCUAAACGUCGACAAAAUGAAUUAGAAAAAAAUCUGUCAAAAUUAAGCGAUGAUGGUGACACCAGUAGAAAACAUUCAUAUGUAGAUGAUACAGAAGCUGCACUUCUUAAUGAUCGUACCAAUGUAAUUCCAAUGACAUCUAUUAGUACUGAUACAUCAAUACAAGAACAUUCAAAAAAACAAAAAAAUACUACAGUUGUCAAUGUUCUAACAACUACAAAUAAAUCCAAUCAAAUACGAACAGAAGGUCGUGAACAAUGGAGUGAAAAACUUGAUUUUCUUUUAUCAAUUAUUGGUUUUGCUGUCGAUCUUGCUAAUAUAUGGCGUUUCCCAUAUCUAUGUUAUAAAAAUGGUGGAGGUGCAUUUCUCAUUCCAUACGUACUCUCAGUUAUACUAGGUGGAAUGCCUUUAUUUUAUCUUGAACUUUUACUUGGUCAAUAUUAUCGACAAGGUGCAAUAACAUGUUGGAAAAAAAUUUGUCCAUUACUGGCUGGUAUUGGAUGGGCUGUAACUAUAAUUGCAUUCUAUACAGAUUUUUAUUAUAAUGUUGUUAUAUCUUGGGGUUUAUAUUAUUUAUUUGCUUCAUUUAAACGAAUGUUACCAUGGAGUGGAUGCAAUAAUCCAUGGAAUACAAAAGAUUGUUCAACUGUUAAUACACGUCGUGAUUUUAUGGAUAAUUGUACGAGUUAUUUAAAUAGUACAAUAAAUUCAACAGGAGAAUUAUUAGAAUCAAAUUUUAUAUAUGAAAAUUGUUCACAACAAUUAACACAGUUAAGAAUUGUCUCACCUGCACAAGAAUAUUUUCAUUUACAAGUCUAUCGACUUAAACCAGAACGAAAUCUUAGUUUAUCUAAUCUAGGAAGUAUUAAUUGGGAAAAUCUUGCUUGUCUUGGUAUUAUUUAUAUUAUUUGCUAUUUUUCAAUGUGGAAAGGUGUUAAAACAUCGGGCAAAGUUGUUUGGUUUACAGCAUUAUUUCCUUAUUUUGUAUUAACAAUUUUAAUGGUUCGUGGUUUAUUUUUAAAUGGUUCAAUGAAAGGUAUUGAAUAUUAUAUUCGACCUGAUCUAAGUAAAUUAAAUGAUGCGGGAGUGUGGGUUGAUGCAGCUUCACAAACAUUUUUUUCAUUGGGUCCUGGUUUUGGUGUAUUAAUGGCAUUUGCAAGCUAUAAUGAUUUUCAUCAUAAUGUUUAUCGUGAUGCAAUGAUUACAGUAGCAGUUAAUAGUAUAACAAGUUUUGCUAGUGGAUUUGUCAUUUUUAUGUUUCUGGGUUAUAUGAGUGAAAUAUCAGGUCGAGAAAUAAAAGAUGUUGCUGAACAAGGCUCAACACUUGUCUUCAUUGUUUAUCCGGAAGCAAUAGCAACAAUGCCAUGGGCACCUCUUUGGGCUAUAUUCUUUUUUCUAAUGUUAUUAACACUUGGUUUAGAUUCAUCGUUUGGUGGAAGUGAAGCAAUAAUAACCGCAUUAAGUGAUGUAUUUCCAGUUCUUCGACGUCAUCGAGAAUUAUUUGUUGGAGUAUUAUUUACUUUUUAUUUUAUUAUUGGUAUACCAAGUUGUACUGAUGCAGGUGUUUAUUUUGUUGAAUUACUACAAAAUUAUGCUGCUUUCUAUUCAAUUAUUAUUGCUGUACUUUUUGAAGCAAUAGCUGUCUCUUGGCUCUAUGGAAUAAAUCGAAUUAGUGAAGAUGUCAAAGAAAUGCUUGGAAGUAAACCUGGAAAAUUUUGGAUUAUAACAUGGUGUCUCAUUGCACCAUUAUUUCUUGGAGGUAUUGUUCUUUCUGGUCUUAUCCAACAUGUCGCUCCUAAUUAUGGUAAAUUAACUGAUCCAUACUAUCAUCAGUAUCCAGAUUGGAGUCAUUUGGUUGGUUGGAUGUUUGCAUUAUCAUCAGUAAUAUUUAUUCCAGUUGUAGCUAUUUAUCAAUUAUUAAUGGAACGAGGAAGUUUAUCAACAAGAUUUCGUUUGGCAAUAACACCCUGGAAAGAACGAGAAAAACAUGUUAAUCCAGAUAUAGUAAUUAGUACAAAUUUUAUUGAAACACACAAUACUUCAGAUGAAACUAAUUAA